AACAAGGAUGUGUCGAGCUCGAGCGCGCCCAUCCUUGGGCGGAGCCGGGAAGAAGAAUGUACCUAAUGUAACCGAAUCUAACACUUUUAACAGGUACAGACUCGCCGUUAGUAGCCCAUCAGGCUAUCUAUCAGGAGCAAACCGGACCGGAGGGUGAUGUGGUUGCAGAGUGAUGGGCCUUUCGAAGCGAGUGUCAUCGUGGUCGGUGGAAGAAGUGUUGGAGUGGGUGCAGGAUCAGUACCCGACCCACAUGGGCACGCUCCAUAAAGCCAUAAUCAAGCACGCUAUAUCAGGGCGUGCAUUGCUGAGACUAAAGGACCAUCACUUGGAGCUACUCGGGGUGGAGGCUGAGGAACAGCAGCAGGAAAUCUUGCAGGGCCUCCUCCUCCUCAGAGUUCAUGAAGAAAUCAAUGAACUCAAUGAAAUCUGCUCUGAGUGUUUUUCUCUAUAGCAGAGAAUAAAUGUCUUCAGGAGGAACGGGGCUUACUUUUUUCAAAUUUUCCGUCCAUUCAUUCAUCCAUGUGAAGGAGAGAGAACAGUGGGAGUGUGGAAACAACAAGAGAAGGUGAAAGUGAAAGAAGAAUCAAUGAAGAAUGAAGAGAGAAAGAAACCCAUUUCCUGUGUGAAAUCUGACCUGUGCAGAUGGAUGGGAUUAGUUUUUGUCUGAGUGUCUUUUUCUGAGCUCUAGUGUCCAUUCGUCUCUGUUUUCUGUCUAUCUCUAAAGUGGGUUUACAUCCCAUCAGUGUAUCACAAAAUGGUUUUAGCUACGUCAAACCAUUUUUGGUCCAGACUGAAAUAUCUCAACAGCUACUGGAUGAAUUGUAAUGAAACUUUCUACAGACAUUCACGAUUCCCAUCAAACACGUUUAUUGUCAACACAAUGCUGACGGUCCUAAGUGAAAUAACAAAUAACAAGCUGUUCUUCUUUCAGCUUUCUUGUUGGGUUUUCCUGGAGAAAAUAUUCUGGCAAAAUCAUGACAGAAAAUGAAUGACCAACAAUUUUGGGUCAUUAAUCAAGCAGAAGAUGCCAAACAUUUGCUUCUUAAAUGUGAAGAUUUCCUGUUUUGCUAUGUUUAACAUCAUUGUAAAUUAUAUACAUUUGGACUUUGAACUGUUGCUAGGACUAAAAGCCGUUUGAAGAUGAUACGUUGUGUCAUGGGAAAUUCUGAUGGGAUUUUUUUUCUACAAGCGAACUGAAAGAAAUGGUCAAACCUACGAAGAUAAUUCGGUAAACCAGAAUAAGUGGAUAGAGGAGAAGAGGAUGACUCCUACUGACUUUGGUGACCCACUGACUUUUCCUCCAGUGCCAUUAGGUCAACAUUUGUGGUUUUGAGGGGAAAUGUCUCAAAACUUCUGGAUGGACUGGUACAGAUGUUCACGUCCCCCUCAGGAUGAAUUGUAAUCUGUUAAUUUUUCCUCCUCAAGUUGACUCUGCUCAACUGGUCGGUCAGGGUUUUCAGCUGUGGACAUCGAAGUAAACACAGGAUGGGGGUGUUUUUUUAUUUAUUAAUUAUUUUAUAACUUGUAAAUAUCUUAUGCAAGUGGUCCUAAAACUUUCAGAUGCCUAUUUUAUAUAAUGCCCUUUUUCCUUCAUUUAUGUAAGCCUACUUUUAAUGUGUAUUCUAGGCAUCUCUACCACUCAAAGUUUUUAUUACAUACAGUAAAAGGUCAUUAUUUCUAAACCUUUUGGUUUGAUGAAUAAAAAAUGCUGCCUUGGCAACACAA